GAGACAGCUCGUGACGUAAGACUGUUCCUGAAAGUCAACAACAAGCCGUCAGUGCUUGCCAGCAGCACUAAGGAUUGGAGAAGCAGCAGUCUGAUUGUUUUAUAAACAGCACAGUAAUCUACUUAAGCAAGUUCCUGCACUGCUAAUACAGACGCAGGGAGGAAAUUGGGACCCGAACCACCUCCCCAUCAUUGCCAGUGCAGGCUGAGUCACCACCAGCGAGUGGGAAGGGCAGCAGCAAAAGAACCAGAAGAAAUUCAAAACUGCAAAGCUGACAGUUCCGGAAGGAGAAUUUCUCUGAGGCUGGGGCUCAGAGGAGAGCCAACAUGACUGAUAUAACCAUUGUGAAGGAAGGCUGGGUCCAAAAGAGGGGAGAAUAUAUAAAAAACUGGAGACCUAGGUAUUUCCUUCUAAAGACCGAUGGAUCAUUCAUAGGUUAUAAAGAGAAACCUCAAGAUGUUGACCUACCAUAUCCCCUAAACAACUUCUCAGUAGCAAAAUGUCAGUUAAUGAAAACAGAGAGACCAAAGCCAAACACAUUUAUUAUCAGAUGUUUACAAUGGACGACGGUAAUAGAGAGAACAUUUCACGUAGACACUCCAGAAGAAAGAGAUGAAUGGACAGAAGCCAUUCAAGCAGUAGCAGAUAAGCUGCAGAAACAAGAAGAAGAAAGAAUGACCUGCAGUCCAACCUCCAACUUAGACAAUAUAGGAGAAGAAGAAAUGGAUACUUCUAUUAGUCAUCAUAAAAGAAAGACAAUGAAUGACUUUGAUUAUUUAAAACUACUUGGCAAAGGCACUUUUGGCAAAGUAAUUCUAGUACGAGAGAAAGCAAGUGGAAAAUAUUAUGCAAUGAAGAUACUGAAAAAAGAAGUAAUUAUUGCUAAGGAUGAAGUUGCACAUACGUUGACAGAAAGCAGAGUAUUAAAAAACACUAGACAUCCAUUUUUAACGUCUUUGAAGUAUUCCUUCCAAACGAAAGACCGGUUAUGUUUUGUAAUGGAAUAUGUUAACGGUGGCGAGCUGUUUUUCCAUUUGUCGAGAGAACGAGUGUUCUCGGAGGACCGCACGCGCUUCUAUGGUGCAGAAAUUGUCUCAGCUCUGGACUAUUUGCAUUCUGGAAAGAUUGUAUACCGUGAUCUCAAGUUAGAAAACCUCAUGCUGGAUAAAGAUGGCCACAUCAAAAUAACAGAUUUUGGACUUUGCAAAGAAGGAAUCACAGACACUGCGACUAUGAAGACGUUUUGUGGUACACCUGAAUACCUAGCACCAGAGGUCUUGGAAGAUAACGACUAUGGACGUGCAGUAGAUUGGUGGGGUCUAGGAGUUGUUAUGUAUGAGAUGAUGUGCGGACGGUUACCUUUUUAUAACCAAGACCAUGAAAAACUGUUUGAACUUAUUCUUAUGGAAGAAAUAAAAUUUCCCAGAACUCUGUCUGCAGAUGCAAAAUCACUUCUAUCAGGACUUCUUAUAAAAGACCCAAACAAGCGACUUGGAGGUGGCCCAGAUGAUGCAAAAGAAAUAAUGCGUCACAGCUUUUUUUCUGGUGUAAAUUGGCAAGAUGUGUAUGACAAAAAGCUUUUACCUCCAUUUAAGCCUCAGGUAACAUCUGAAACAGAUACAAGGUAUUUUGAUGAAGAAUUUACUGCUCAAACUAUUACAAUAACACCGCCUGAAAAAUAUGAUGAAGAUGGAAUGGACUGCAUGGAUAAUGAAAGACGACCGCAUUUCCCUCAAUUUUCCUAUUCUGCAAGUGGACGAGAGUAGAGAUUUUUCAGGUUGCUUUCAUCAUCAUCCUAGUGUGAUCACUGGAAGUUGUUCCUGAACCUUGUCACUACCAGUUCCAUCUAGUAUUUGAUUCCAUGGCAGGGAUACCUUCCGGAGUCAUUUCAAGUUGAGCAAAAUUUUUUUUGCAUGAAUUUUAGUGUCAUUCCAAGGUGCAAGGCCAUUACCUCCUGCUGUCUCAACAUUAUAGCAACUGCAAAGAAAAUGUUUAAACUGUUGAGGUCCCAGAAGGAUAACAUGCAUUCACAGUUUUAUGCAGUUCACCCUGUAAAAAUAUAAGUUGGGAAGAGAAGCUGAUCAAAAGGAAGUUGGAGAGAGGAUUCCUUAUCAACUAAGAGACCAUUUUCAGUUUUAAAGUAGUCUAAAGAAGACUGUUUUUGUUGGUUUUGUUUUUUUUUUUUGUUUUAUUUUUUUUUCAUUUGUGCUGGUCAUAACAGACAACUUUUUUUGAC